AGCAUAGACUUCACAACUAGUUGACGGGAAAUCUCUUCAGUCUUGGCGCGCUGGCUUCGCGUAAGGGGCCGAUUGUUAUGGCGACUUUCACUGCGACAACUCAAACACACACUGCGUUCUUACUCCGAAUUUAAGUGGAAACAGGACGAAAUCUUCAAGUUUUAGUGCAUACAAGCAGGCAGGAGUGUCUCUAGAGUGAUUUGGUCGAGGAUUCAAGGUAACUUAUAUAAAAUAGCACCAUGCGUGCACUUUGAAAACGUUGUGUAAAAAAUGGCAAAUUUGCGUAACUUUAGGUUGAAAUCUUUACGUAAAAUGAAUGAUAACUGUAGGAUAGUGAAGUCCACAGUUUUACGUAUUAGGAAACAAGAAAUGUACGUUUAGUUAGUGCCUACAUGGCAACUCAGCUCAGUUCCCGCGUCGCCUAACUCGCCUUAGGCACGCAGUCAGCUGGGCACUUCCCCUCUGUAAAGGAUUAUCGCUGUCCUGCCUCUUUUUACUCUCCAAGUAAAGGACCUACAGUUAUUCAUCGUCUCUGUACCCUUCCCCACAACUGCAAGGAUCCAGAGGACGAUACAAGAAGACACAGAAGGCAGUGGAUCGAGUGGAAGUGACGGAGGAGACACAAGAUAUGAGGGUAUUAGUGUAGGAGUACACCAGUCUAGAGAUGGCUUUUCUUACCCUGACCAUUAGAAAGAGCUCCGCAUUCUGAGUAAAUUCAUCCCCAUAAACACCCCUCGGAAAUCAUUUAUAACGGAGGGAGGGAGGCCGUUAGGUUAGGUUAGUUUUAGGUUAGGUUAGUGUUAGGUUAGGUUAGUUUUAGGUUAGGUUAGUGUUAGGUUAGGUUAGUUUUAGGUUAGGUUAGUGUUAGGUUAGGUUAGUUUUAGGUUAGGUUAGGUUAGGUUAGGUUAUGUUAGGGUUAUGUUUAGUUUAAAUGCACCUGUGUGGACGAAACUAGUUUUUUCUGGUAGAUUUCGGUCUGUUUUGAAUGAAUGUGCUCUAAAUUUUUUAUCGCAAAUCAUUAGUCUCUUGGUUGGAAGGGGGGGGGGGGUAAAAAAAAAACACGUGAUUUGCGAUAGAAAUGACACGCAUAUUCAUUCAAAACAGGCCGAAAACUACCGAAAAAAACUAGUUUCGUUCGGAAAUGCGAGACUGGUGAAGUGCUACAAAUUUACCGAUAUGAGGACGCCGCGACCCCGUGGAGUAAACUGUGGAGGAGCCGUACUACGCCAUCAGUGCAGUGACUCAGUGUUGUGUGCAGUGCAGUGGUGUGUUCAGUGCAGUGUGGUAGUGAGGGGGCUGUUCACUACGUCCUACGGGGUCGAGUAUGUGUGCAUGGGGAAGGCCAACUCUGACCCGACUGAGCACUCUUUCGGCAAGCGCCGCACCAUGUGCGGCGCCAACUACUGGACGAGCGUGCAGAACUUCAUGGUGAGCAACAGGUUGGCCCAGCGCCUGCAUUUGCUGAAGCUCGUCGGGUUCUUCCCCGGGGACGUGCAGGCCGACCUGGACCGGGCCAAGGCAGAGGAGAAGGAGGACGACGAGGUGAUCUUGGCCCAGCUUGCCAGGGAGCUGGCCGACGACCAGCCGGACCCGCCGACGGACGAGUUGCUCCUCGCCGCGGUCGGCAACUACGCCGGCUACCUGGCCAGGAAGGUCCAGGCCAACUCCUCUGUGGCCGAGUGCUGCAAGCAGGAGCUUGCCCAGCAGGAGGAGAUGAAGAUUACCGUGGAGCUCGAGAGGGGCGACCCGCCCUCUGUGAUGUUCGACGCCCUGGUCGAGCUGGUCGACAGGGGAGAGCUGGAGACGGGCCGGGCGGUCCUGAAGCGGCCAUCUCUCCCAAUGGCCCACAUGGCGUCCUUCGGGAUGUCGCUGUGGGACUCCCUGAUGUGCAGGGAGGACAAGAAGGAGCGCAGGUUGAGGUUCCUCUCCCUUGCCAUGCGCCACAGGGACGGGUUCAGGCACCUCCUGGAGUUCCUGGCGGCCUCAGACCCGACCUUGCAGGGGUACAGGUGCCAGGAGGGGCACAACCUGGCCAACACCAUCUUGCCGCACAUCAGCAGGUCCCUCUUCAACUGUUUCGGUGCUAAUUUCUCCAAGGACGUGACCUCAGAAGCGAGGAAGAACAAGGCCUUGAAGCAGCCGACCGGCAGGAAGAGGAGCAGUAUCGAGGAGGGCAGGAAGGAGACGGCGAGGAACAGGGACGUGUACAAGUCCAGGAAACUGACCGGGGCCCACAAGUCAUAGGCCAAAAGGCUAAAG